AUUACAUUGCAUUCGAAACACUUUGCAUAGCAUUGUUAUUACAUAAAAAAAGCGAAACAAACAGCUCUCAAUUUCAAUGAUGUAUGACGCUUAAAAGAUAUUGCGUUAAAGAAUUUUGAGUACAAAGUUGCAAUUUAAGUUGAAAUCGAAACUUUGAUAGCUUAAUGCUAGAGUCAUUACAUUGUUCCAAUAACUCAAAUUAAGAUAGUUCUAGAAUUAAGAAAGUUGUUAUCUUGUUUUAGAGUUAGAUCUCCACAUGCAAGAUCUGCAAGAGUUAUCUUUUUGUGACUGAUAUGAGUGAAAUUACAUGGUGGCUAAAGAGGACCCUCCUCUAUAUAAUCGCCUAUACAUUUCGAAUUGUUUUGACUAUUGUAUUCUGGGGAGAGCAAAAAUCAGUACCACCAGCAAGGAACCAGUUGCUCCUUAAAUCUGCAAAACAAUUAGCUAAAGAAAUUAGGGAAGGAAAGCUGAAAUCUGAGGAAGUUAUUCAAACCUAUAUUAAUCGUAUAGUUGAAGUAGAACCUUAUAUCAAUGCAGUAGUUCAGGACAAUUUCGAUAACGCAAUUAUAGAGGCAAGAAGAGUGGAUGAUCUUAUUGAAUCAGGAGAAUUUUCCAUUGAACAGCUUUCAGAAGAAAAACCACUUCUUGGAGUGCCAUUUACUGUUAAAUGUAUUCUAAGAGUGAAAGGUUUUCCAGAAACUGCAGGCAGUUUGAUUUUUAAAGACAGAAUAGCUGAAACAGAUGCACCGAUUGUGAGUAUUAUAAAAGAUGCUGGUGGGAUUUUUCUAGCUUUAACCAAUGCUCCGGAAUUUAGUUUCUCGCUUGAAACAGAUAACAAACUUUAUGGGAGAACAUGCAACCCUUACGAUGUAACCAGGACGUGCGGAGGCAGUUCAGGAGGAGAAGCAGCAUUAAUAAGCUCUGCUGGGUCUGUCAUUGGAUUGGGAAAUGAUCUUCUAGGCAGUCUCAGGGUUCCAGCUCAUUUUUGUGGUUUGUUUGCACACAAGUCAAGUAGAAAUUUGAUUCCAACGGAAGGAAUCUCCAUGGUAUUACCCCCAAUUUUGAAGAGGCUAUACACUGCUGGUCCUAUGUGUAGAUUUUCUGAAGAUCUUAUUACUAUGAUGAAGAUUUUACUGAAAAGCAAAAAAUGGAUGCAUUUUCAAAAAGAGGUUGAUUUCAAAAACCUAAAAAUUUAUUACCAGAGGAAGAUAGAACAUGCCUGGAUAUUUAAUACGGAAAAUAAAAUAGAGCAAGCAGUACGAAACGCGGCAUUGCAUUUCAACACAAAAUAUGGCACGAAAGUGAAAGAAAUCAAAGUACCACUUAUAAACCAAUCAAUGGCAAUAAUACUAAAUUCUUACUAUGGCCGUGUUCCCAACGUAGUAGAAAUUGUAACAGAAGGAAAAAUAAAGAAUUUAAAUGGAAUGCAUGAAUUGAUUAAACUGCUAUGUAGAAAAUGUCAGUUCACAUUUUAUUUCAUUCUACCUGCCUGUUUUGGAAAAUGGAUUUCAUCCGACGACAUAAAUCUUAUAUCUCAAUGUGAUAAUUGGAACAGGGAAUUGGAGAAUGAAUUUGAAAGAUUGCUGGACGAAAAUUCUCUGUUUUUGUUUCCAACGUUUCCGCAUACAGCUCCGUACCAUAAUGAAUCACUUGUUUGCUAUGGAGGUUCUAGUUUUACAGGUAUAUUCAAUAUAUUAGGGCUGCCAGUAACUCAGUGUCCAAUAGGAUUCGACAAGCAUGGUUUGCCUCUAGGAAUACAAAUUGUUGGUAAGAAAGGAAAUGAUAUGCUAACAUUGUUAGCUGCUGCUGAGCUUGAAAAAGCGUUUGGAGGAUGGAUGCCACAGAUGGAUACUACUUUAGGAAAUAAAAAAGACUUAUAAAGUA